AUGAAUCAUCUUAAUGGGAAGUCCAAAAAAUUGGAUUCUGUACACGUGUCUGACUUCAGACUCCUGGGGGACUGCACUGAAUUUUAUCAAAGAAUCAAAUUUCUUCUGCAAACCUCAGAGUCAGUAUACAUGGCAUCAUUAUUCUUUGGCCAAGACGGCGAAAUGGAGGACAUUCUUGAUAUCCUUGAAGAAAAAAAAAGAAGGGGACUUAUAACGGUUAUAUUCAUCGACAAGAACAGAGGAGCAGCCGGAAGGAGAUUGGAAUUCAUACAGGAGAGAGGGCUUGAAUCGACCUUCCAUCUCAUUGACCUUUCUACAUCUUGUUUGUUUCCUGCCAAACUGAACGAGUUAUUCAGGGUCUUUCAUACAAAGGCAUUGGUUUUCGAUGACAUAACUAUACUGUCUGGGGCAAACAUGGAUGCAUCAUACAUGGUAAAUAGAAUAGAUAGAUAUCUCGAGAUUCAGAGUAAAGAAUUAACAGACAUGAUUAAAACAAAGGUUUUUGGUGUUGAGCUCUCUCCAGAUGUUGAGAGUACUCCAAUUCAAAACCUCCCCAUAUACGUAAGAAUGUUUAAGCAACAAGAAGAACAAUCCAUAGUUCGGUCGUUUCUAAGAAGCUUUGGCGAGAUACACAUUUCUACAGGGUACUUGAACUUUCCAGAUAACUAUUUGAAGAUGUUUAAGGGCAGAAGAAUAUCCCUGUAUGCAUCAUGCCCAGAUAGGAACCGUUUCAACUCGUUUGGGAUUAUGGACAGAUUCGUAGGGCCGAUUUAUUCAUAUAGCUUCCAUAGAACCCUUGAAUGUAUCCCAACCCUUUCCAUUUAUGAACUGAACAAGAAGGGAUACUCGUUCCAUUUGAAAGGAUUCUGGGGAUUUAAGGACAAAACUGCCGCAACAAUAAUAGGCUCAUCCAACUUCAACAGAAGAAGCACCGAAAGAGAUGAUGAAACAAACUAUUUGAUAGUCACAUCUGAUCCAGGGCACAUUCAGAAGCUAAGAGAAGAGGUAGAAUAUCUCAGGGCCAACUCAAACCCGAGAUCCUUGAAGCAACUCAGAAAAAGGACAUACAGACUGAUUGUAAUUAUACUUUUCCUGAUAUUCAAUAGGUUUUUUUGA